AUGGCGACCAAGAGUGAAGUACCAGUCUACGUACUGGGCGUGGGUCUCACCAAGUUCAUCAAGCCCCGACAGACCCGAGCUUACCCGGAAAUGGGCUACGAAGCUGGCGUCAAAGCCAUGCUGGAUGCGCAAAUCAACUACGACGAUGUUGACACUGGAGUCGCCUGCUACUGCUAUGGCGACACGACCAGUGGCCAGAGAAUCUUCUACCAAUUCGGUAUGACCGGCAUCCCAAUCUACAACACAAAUAAUGCAUGCGCCACAGGCUCUACCGGCCUGCAUCUUGCUCGCAGUCUGAUCAAGAACGGAGCCAUCGAUUGCGCCCUCGUGAUCGGGUUCGAGCAGAUGCAGCCGGGCUCCAUCAAGUCCGUCUACAGUGAUCGGCCCUCACCCAUGGGCCUGUCGAUGCGCAUGAUGGCCGACACCCGGGGCAUCACAAACUCCCCACCCAACGCCCAGUACUUCGCCAACGCCGGCGUCGAGUACAUGGAAAAGUACGGCGCCGAAGCACGUGACUUUGCAGAAAUAGCACGAAUCAGCCAUGAGCACAGCUCACGGAACCCCUACGCCCAGUUCAGAGACGUCUACACGCUCGAGCAGAUUGAAAAGUCACCUAUGAUCCACUUUCCGUUGACAAAACUGCAAUGCAGUCCUACCAGCGACGGCGCAGGCGCCGCCGUGCUUGUGAGCCAAAAAUUUCUGGAUGCCCGACCGCAUCUCAAGAGCCAGGCGAUUCUCAUCGCAGGCCAGGCACUCAUGACGGACUCGCCACAACUAUACUCCAAAUCCUCCAUGGACCUCGUCGGCUACGACAUGACGAAGCGCGCAGCGCAAGCCGCGCUGAAAGAAGCCGGUGUGAGUCCCAAGGACGUCAAAGUCGCCGAACUUCACGACUGCUUCUCGGCCAACGAGCUUAUUCUGCUUGAGGGCCUAGGGUUCAGUGAGCCCGGGAAAGCGCACAUGAUGGUUCGCAACGGUGACAUUACUUAUGGCGGUAAAGGCCCCAUUAUCAAUCCCUCGGGCGGCCUGAUUAGCAAGGGACAUCCGCUUGGUGCAACGGGUCUGGCACAAUGCGCAGAGUUGACAUGGCAGCUGCGUGGCUGGGCUAAUAACAGGCUUGCCGAGGGCGCAGAUGUAGCGUUGCAGCAUAAUCUGGGUUUGGGUGGCGCCGUCGUCAUUAAUGUGUACAAGCGUGCUGAUGGGAACAAGAAUGUCAAGAUGAGUGACGACGACGUCAAACGCGCCAGCCAGUUUGCAUACAACCCGGCGAUAGAGGCUCGCUAUGUGACUAAGGAGGAAGGCGAAAAGGUGAGGAGCAAAGCUGCAGCUUCGGAAUACGCGCUGGGUGAUACGCUGGAAAAGAUUCAGAGUCGGUUGUGA